AUGGCAGACCUCGGAUUCUACAAGGACAACUCGUUUCUGGUUGAGCAAUGGACAGAAUAUGCCGUCAGUGUCGCCAUCAUCUUUCUCCGACUUGGAGUGCGUCUGCGGAUGGUUGGCCCGCGGGGAUUUCAAGGGGAUGAUUACUUAGCAUUCCUUGCACUUGCCUUCCUUACGAUGGAUGGCAUCACAGUCCAUUUUUCAUAUAAACGAGGGACAAAUCUAGAAAUACCCGAUGCUUUACAAAAUAAACUCUCGCCAUCCGCAUACCGAUCGGUUGAAUCCGGCUCAAAGUUCGAGUUGGCUGCCUGGUACUCAUAUACGGCGUUGAUUUGGGUGAUGAAGGGGAAGAUGUUAUUCCUUUACAAGCGAUUGACGUUGGGCUUGUGGCAAUCGAAAGCUAUUGCCUGGCUGGCGAUUCUGUGCGCUGCUACCUACAUCGCAGUUUUCUUGACUGUGACUUUGGGGUGUCGACCCAGCAUGUCCGACAAUUGGAGAGUAUAUCCUCCCCCAUCGCCCGAGUGUGGGCUUAAGAUUCAGAAUGUUAUCGUGACUUGCAUUCUCAACGUUUUCACCGAUAUAGCAUUGCUCUUCAUUCCAGUCCCUCUCCUAUGGCGCGUCAAAACAUCUCUAUCGCGCAAAAUCGUGAUCUCCAUGUUCCUCAGCUCCGGAAUCUUCGUCAUCUCCGCAUCCAUCAUCCGCACCGCUCUGACCCUCGGAUCCAAACCGUCCAGCAUAACCGUCAACCGCUGGGGUAUCCGCGAAACAGUCGUCGGCGUGGCGACCGUGAACCUCCCCAUCCUGCGUCCUCUCUUCACCAAGCGAUUCUGGAGCUCGGGAAUGGGCGGCAGCUCUGGCGCACGCAAUUACUACGAAUACCAUGGCAGCUCCGGGGGCUAUAAUCUGACGUCGCGGUCCAGGAAGGGACAAAGGAAUGACAGCACGACGGGGAUCAAUACAGCGAGUCAGAAUGGGAAGGACGAUACGGGCGGAGUGUUCGUCAGUACGAGCUAUAAUGUGCGCGUGGAGAGUCGCGGUACACCCGAGGGAGAACCUGUAGAUGGGCAGAGACUGGGGUUGAAUCCGAGCAGUGUGUGGGAGAUUGAUAAGAAGUCGAUGGUGUAG